CAAUUGGCAUUUUACUUGUUUUUGGAUGAGCAAAAACUGUGUCACAUUUUGCGUUUUAACGGCUUCUAACAGUCUUAGAAACAAUUUAGUAUUUUAUUUAGAUACUCAUUUUAAAAUAGUACAUAUUUCGGUAAAUAUUGGCUACAUGAGUGUGGUGUAAAUCCCAUAACAUACUUUUGUUAUGAUAAAGGUUUAUCCUUGAGUAUUUUUUGGAACGUAGAAAACAUGGAACCUCCGCGACAUUCAGAAUCAGAUACUGUGGAAUACUGGAAGAAACAAGCUAAACACUAUGAGCAAAAGGCAAUUGAUAUGCAACAAGAAUUGGAUGAGUACACGGAAAAUUCAGCACAGUUGGAAAAAGAACUUGAAGCUUCACUUUUACAAGUUGAGAAACAGAACAGAGAUCUAGAACAUCAAAAUCAGCGGCUAAAAAAUGAAAUAGAAUCACUUAAGAAUAAAUUAGAAAGAAGUCAACAUGAAACAAAUGCAUUGGAAAAUGAAGUGCAAUCACUCAAAAUAGAACAGGACAAAAAAGCUGAAUACAUCAGAGAGUUGGAGCAAAAAAAUGAUGAUUUGGAAAGAGGGCAAAGGGUUGUCUCUGAAUCAGUGUCUUGCAUAGAGGCAUUGUUAAAUCAGGCAUAUGAAAGAAAUGCUGUUUUAGAAAGUGAAGUUGAUGAAAUAGAAACACUAAAAGUGAGAUUACAACGAGCUACAGAUGAAGCUAGAGAUCUGAAGCAGGAACUGAAAGUAGUAGAAAAACUCCCAAUGCACAGAAAGGAAGAUGAUAGUACAAAUGAAAAUGCAAUGGUCAAUGGGCACCACACUUCCUCCAGAGCAGUGGAAACAGAAACCCAAACAGUUUUACCUUCACCACAAAAACGCGAAAUCAAUGGUAAUGCCAUGACACCGUCAGCCAGAGUAUCCGCUAUCAACAUUGUGGGUGAUUUGCUCCGUAAAGUUGGGCUUGAAAGGUUUCUUUGCCGUGAAUGUGGUAAGAUCAAAUGCUCGUGUGACGCUCAACCUCCAGACUUGAGUGAAGCCGCCAAGUCAACCGAGUUCUCCCAUGCCUGUGAUAACACCGAUAACAGCAUAGACGCUUCCAUAGAAUAUAGAAACCCUAAAGUGUUCAUACGUCAAUCUUCUGGACCUGAUCCAAUAACACAAAAACACCAGUUAAAGCACAGAUCCUCAGAGGAAGGAUUUUCUAGGCCCGGCGUGGGGGAGAAUGGGAAAUUAAGACGAUCUUUCGCUGUGAGGUCCAGGGAGGGGCUUGAAAAUCUGUUGAGCUUCGGUUCUAUUCGGAAAGGACAACCAAGAGCGAAUCCAAAGCAGACUUUAGCACGAUAACAUAUACCUGUAGUAGUGAAUUGUCUAGUGGCUCGUACACAAAUACCUGUUUAAUACCACCCACAAGGGUCACCUCCGCUUCUAAGAAUAUUAAAUAGAUGGAAAAAUUGUUGAUAUAGUUCUGAUUAUAGUUUUUUCCUAUAUAUUUAUAUUCCUCAAAGCUAAGGUGGUUUACAGGGCAGUAGCACACAAAUAUACCAACAUUGUGUUUGGUAAUUUUAUGCUUUAAUCUUUCAGUUCAUAGUUGUUGUUAGUAGGAGUUUGUAGCCGUAAUCUUGUAAACUUGACUAGACAGAAUGUAACCACGUAUUCCUUUGACCAUAAAGCAAAAAAAUAGGACCAUAACUGGCAAUCAUACUUUUCUGUGAUACGAAAAGCGAUCCUUUAGAUUGAACUAGUCAAGUUUUAAUUCGAUAAAAAAUGAUUGUAGUUAUCGAGUUUAGCACAACAAUUAUUAAAUAGGUUCAGAUAUUUUCUACAUCUAAAUCCUGUAUCCAAUGUGAUAUUUUAGCAUCUCAACAUGGUCGGGAAUAAAUGAUUAAAAUCUGUUGGAUAUAACUUACUUAGAUUACGGUGUUUACUUAAUUGCAGUGUACAUAACAUGAUGUAUAAUAAUGUACUGUUUUUCAUUAUUGAAAAUGAUAUUUUUAGAUGCAUGAUUUACACGUGAAUUUAUUAUACUAUGUAUUGAGUUAUAUUUCCCCAGUAAUAUUUUUUUGUGUGCGUAAUUAGACACGGUGAAGGCUUUAACAGCACAUUAUUUCCCAUCACCUACUAAUAUUAGUAUCAUUCAUAUAUUGUACUUUUCUUCAUUGUAGGCUUUGGAAUCAAAGUUAGCAUCGUGUCGUGGUACGGUUAGACCUAAAGAGCAUUCACCAAAUUCAAGCUCAGAUGUGAAUAAGGACUACAGGUGUGUACUCAAGAACUAAUACGCUGUUUGUCAUCGGCAACUCAUCGCCACUGCACUGCAAAACUUAGUUGCAGACUUAGCACUUAGUGUGAUAUUGGUACACAAGUAAAAUAAUGUAGAUUGGAUGUAUAUUUUCGUAAAAUUGUCUGAGUUAAGCACUUAAGAAAAGUAAUAUCAAAGAAGCUUUAAAUCUGCUUCAUACUUAAAUAUAAACUAACUUGUGUACUAGAAUUAACAUCACUUUUCCUAUAAUUUGCUAUAAACUGUGAUGAAAAAUGAAGAUAUUGUAAGGAAUGGUAAAUGUAGUACUAAUUAUCUAAUUUUGGCCUACCCACCGGCGUAAAAAACACGUUAUUUGCGGCACACAAAGGCUUCUGUAGAUCUGUAGAUACCUUUGGAUUAUGAGUUUGAGGACUUCACGACCACAUAGUGUCUAUAAUGGACCAUCAUUUAAGUACUUGUAAAAAAGUGUGCCGUCCGUCUAAGAUCUGAACGAUAUAAAUAAAAAUAUAAUUUAAUUUACUGUAAUAUAAUAAAAUCGUUAAUUCUAUCAGAUAUAUGUAUUCUUUAUUAAUGAAGUAUAUUGCAUUGGCGCCCGAAUCAAAUCUUGAUAUGGUUAUCUGCCUGCGCGCGUGUAAGCUAUCGCUAGCUUAAAUUGGUGGACAAAAUAUUUUGAAGUGAUAAUUUAUGUAAAUAAUUAGAAUUCAUAUGAAAUUGUUAAAAAAAAUAUAAUAUUAAUUAAAUUAAUUUCUGGAAUAUACAAACAAAUCUGUAGAAUCUAAUACAGAUGUAGUACAUAAUUGUUUUCCUUCGUAGUUUCUAGGAAACGUUCGUAUUUGGCUUGCUUUCAGUCAACCUCAGUACUUUUUAAACCGAGACUGACUGAAAGAGUACGUACGUUGUACGUUUCCGUGAAAAUACGAAGGAAAGCAAUUAUGCACUACAUCUGUACUGAAUACUCACCGGACUGAUUUUGAUAUCUUAGUUGUUUUCGUAAAUGGAUAAAAUAAAUAAAAGAACUAAUAGAUGCAGAUAUAACAAAAAUAAGUAGACAAUAUUGGCAGUUUACAGAAAAUGUUAACUUAAUAUACCCAUAUACUUACGUGUUUGUUUUUAACAAAAUCUUCAAUCAUUAAUUUCCUGACUCUUAUUAUAAAAUAACGAAUGGGCAUUCAAUGUCGACAAGACGUAUUUUAUUUAACAUCGUAAUUAACCAUUGUCAUCUAAAAUAAUAUAUAUUAUACAUAUUUUUAAUAUUUAAUUUCUAUAAUUAUUGGUCAUCUUCAUUGUUAAUCCAUUUCGACCCCCAUACUCCAUUUUGUAAGCAUGGUAUGUCUGUCGUUCAGUAAUCUAUAAGCAGCCUUUCUAACAAACAACAAUGUUCCUCAGUUUCGAUUAUAGCAAUAAAAUAAUUUCUAAUAGAUAUAAUUACUGUUGUAAGACAUCGUCAUUUGUGCUCACACUAUUAACUGAUGAAAUGAUCAAGUUUAUAUUAAAUGAUAGAUAAAAUAAAGCAUAUACUCUUGUUACACAUAGUCUUGCCUUAUUGUACUACUUCAGUAUAGAUUUCAUUUAUAUGACAAGAGAUUUAGCCUCUCUCUUUAGCUCUAAUAGAAACAACUAGUUUUUUUUUAAAUUUGUGUGGUAAUGAUAUCUAAUGAUAUGAAUUUACUGUAAAUGUAUUAGUUUCCACGCUUUCUUAUUGCCACGCCUGUUGUCACAAGUGUUAAGUAGAUUCUAUUGAGUUAAAAAGGGAAAGUAAAUAAUGAAGACUUCUAAAUCGUAAAGAUUUUCUAAAAUGAAUUGUUCAUUAUAGGCUUUACUUUAACAAGCUCUCAGUCCUAUAUAAUUGCGUAAUUAUGGUGUUUGACCGUCGCUCCUGUUAUAAAAUUAUAACUUCAUCUAUUUAAGCUUUAAGUUUUAGAUGUCGUAAUAAUACAAUUUACAAGCGAAGGCCAAAACGUUGUACAAAAUUAAUGGGAAAGAGACUUCCUAAAGUGAUGUUGACGACAUAUUAAGAAGGCAUAACUUUUUGAAAUGUUUAGCAGUCUUAAUUAUUCACUUAUCUUUGACUUACAUCGUAGCUGUCUGUAUUACAGACUCUGUAACACGUUGUUGCUAAGGCCCCCCCCACAUCUGGCGUCUUUCGAGCGUCGGCGUCGGUCCAGCGCUAUGGAAAAUGACGUCGCUGCGCAGUUGCGUCGACGCUGCGUCGACGUUGCGUCGACGUCGGCCAUAGAAUUGUGGACGCCGACGCUCGAAAAACGCCAGAUGUGGGGUGGCCCUAAUGCUCUAGGCGUGAAGAGAGAAUUAUUCUUACAACCAGAUACUUAGUUCUGAUGUUUUGUUAAAUUUUCAAGCAUUUAUUCCAUGUGAUGGAGGUGAAACAGUUAUUUUGUGCGCAAUUUAAUAUUGAACAAUAUUAAACCAUAAGUCAAAACUU